AGUAGGUACCUACCUGUUGUUUUUCUUGAGAGGCAGAACUCCUCAGAGGGACACACCGCUGCACACGUACUUGGCCCCUUCGGUAUUCGAGCUACACCAUGAAUGUUGGUCAGCCACCGAAGCGCAAGAGCUCCUUCAAUGAAGAGUUCGAUGUUAUGCAGGCCAUCCAAGAGGAUCGCAUGGCCUUCCACGCCAGCAUUAACUGCCACGAGCGGUGUGUGAGCAAUUACUACUUCAACAACUUUUACUGGAGGGAGAAGACGUGCAUGCAAAACUGUCUAGAUAAGAUCAAUCAAGCUACGGUCAUCACCAACAUCAACUACGGCAAGUUCGAAGACGUUGAAUCGAAGAAGUAA